AUGAUGGGCGGCGAAGUCAUCGUGGAGAAGAACCCGGAGAGCAAAUUCUGCGUGGCGAGCAGGGAGCCGCUGUGCGACAGCGUGAUAUGGGGGCUGCUGCAGAACUACUACCGGCGGGCGGCCAUCAACGCGUGGAAGGAAAACGUCGUGCCGUCCUUCGUGACGAGCAACAGCAAAAUUGCAAAGGACUACGCCCGGGUGAUAAUAAAUUACAUGAGGGACUGGUUCAACAGCAAGGAGUGCGACAGAAAUGUGCCCAUAUACAUACUGGAGAUAGGAGCAGGCCAUGGCAAAUUCACGUACCUCAUUUUAAGGGCACUAACAAAGUACCAAAAAUAUUUCAAGAGCAUGAAUCUCCCAGACAGGCCAUUCGUGUACGUUUUCACAGACAUUGCAAAGGACAACAUCACCUAUUGCAUGAAUAACGGGAGGUUGAAGCGGUUCAUCAGCACGAGGGAGAGUUGCGAUAGGACAUUUACAAGUAAAAAUAACUCUUAUUACGACUCUGAGUUUGCAAGAAAUGAAGAGAUAAAUUAUGACUCUUCCACAAACACGUCGAGCUACUCCUCCUCCUAUGACGAUACCGAUUACUCAGAUGAAAGGGUAAGAAAUUAUGCGAAUUUUUCUAUGCUGGAUUUUGCCUAUUUUGAUGGGAAUGAAACAGAUGAAAAGAUAUUUUUACAAGUUUCGAAAAGUUACAUCCCAGAAAAUACCCCCAUUGUACUGAUUUGCAAUUACGUUUUGGAUUCUCUGCUGACCGAUGCUUGGGUUGUUAAUGGAGAGGAUGACUUCAGGAGGGCCCUUCUUUCUGUUUACUCUCCAAAUGUAGAGGAAGACAGAACCAAUGCCGAUAUUAUGCUGCGUAUGUCUGUCACUUGGGAUUGGGAGAAGGUCAAUAUCGAUGAGGAAAUUAAGAAGAAAAGAACGGACAAGCCAUCCGAUUAUUUGAGGAAAUAUAAAGAAAUUUACACUGUGCUGAAGAUGUACUCCUAUUUUAACGAACCAUUAUCUUUUGUCCUUCCAGUGGGGGCAUUCAUUUUAUUUGAUCGAAUAUUAAAGCUGAGUGGGAACAAAUUAUUGUGCCUUAUUGGUGAUAAGGGCUACCAAUCUUAUGAAGAAUUUAAGGGAUAUAGAGACCCACAUAUCGUUGUGCAUGGCAGUCUCUCCUUUAUGGUUAACUUGAACGCCAUUUGUCUGUACUUCUUAUCCCUGGGCGGGUACUACAUACAUACCCCGUAUUCGGAUACCUUUCAGAUCGUCACCCUGUUGAUGCAUAAGAAGCAGUGUGACGGGGGGGGCUACGAAUCGGAGGUGGAGGAAGGGGUCUUUCCCGCGGGGAGAAACAGCCUCGGGGGGGAAUCCAACCUGACCUACUCCACCUUAACGGAGCGGCUGCGAAGGGACAAGCGGGGGGCAACUACCCAGUUUAACAUUAUUGACUAUUUUAAGAAGGGCUCCAAGGAGGGGCCCCUGCGCAGGAGGUUGCAGAACCAGGCGAGCACGGCGUCGUCCUGCCGGUUGAAGGGGGGUGCAGAAGCGAGCAGGGCAGAAGUGAGCCGGGCAGAAGCGAGCCGGGCAGAAGCGAGGCGCACAGAUGUCAGCCGAACAUAUCUGAGCAGCAGCUUAUCUGGGCGCUCACCCCCCCGCCUCCCCCCGAACGACCAAAGCGUGCAGAGGAAGAUGAAAAGAAUAAACCUCAAAAAUUUGAACGGCAUGUCGAUCAAGUUCGGGGGAACCAUUUCGUCCUUCUACGACAAUAUGGAGCAGUUCCCCCCCGACGUGCUGAUAAACUGGCAGAAGGCAGUCAUCCACAACGUUAAUAGCAACCCUGCCAGCGUGAGCAUAAAGGAGCUGAUCUCCUUACUGAGAUACUCCAACCACGACUCGGACGUUUUCUACAAUAUCAGAAAUGUGUUUACCUCUCUGGUGAACUACCCGAACAUCAAUGGAAGGACAGAGAAGGACAUCCUCCUGGACAUAAAGGAAUGCUACGAUAAUUACUACUCCCUGAAGACGGACGAGGAUAUCGCAGAUGUGUGUGGCCAUGUGUGUAUGAAGUUUGGGGAGUUUGAAAGGGCCAUAUAUUACAUGAAACAGAGCCUUCGCAAUUUUAAGCAGAGUAGGCACUCCUCCACCUACAUUAACAUUGCCUCAUGCUACAAGGUGCUCCGGAAUUAUCAGAAGUCCAUUAAAUUCAUCAGGGGCGCGAUUAAGUUGUCCAACCGGGAGGCCCGCAGGGGGGCUCCCCCUGGAGAAGCGGUAGAAGCAGGCGAGGCAGGCGGGGCGGGACAACACCCACACGGCGAACACAGCACAUAUGGGGGACACCACCCACAUGGCGCACUCGGCAGAUAUGGAGGACUCCCCCCCAACAACCUGAACCACGCGCACGACCUCCUGUACAACAUCCAGUUCUGCCUAAACCCAAUCACCUACGCCAUCGUGGGGGUCAACCACUUCGUGCAGAAUGACGGUCUCUACUACCUCUCCUUCGAAAAUAGGAUAAAACUCAAGUUUAUUUUUUUGCUGGCCAAGGAGGAGGAAGCAGUCCUACGCUUCAUGAACAGGAAAUACAAAAGCGCAGCUUAUGAGAAGAGCACCCGCAAUAUGGACCUCUCCGAAAUUAAAAUCGUCAGGGUUUACCGCUCCAAUGAGGUGGUCCCCAUGGAGGAGGUGGACUCCACCCAAGGGAGUGAUGAACAGAAGGAGGACGUAGCAACUCAAUCUGGGGAUGACCAAGCGGAGGAGCCAAACCGAUCCUACGAGAAUGCAGCCCACUUGAAGAAGAACCUCCGCGACUGCCUAUCCCAGUACAACUUCCAAUUCUGCGUAAUCGACGCCCCGUGGGGUAUAAAGGCAGACGUGGCAGAGCUAAUGCUGGACCACUCGAAGCACAUCUUCACGUAUGGUACCCUAUCUGACUGUGCGAAGCGCUCCAUGGAGGUGAUUUCAAAGUACAAAAAAGUGUCUGAACAAGUCAGCUGGGUAAAUAACAACUAUGUCCAUGAUGAGUGUCUGUACGAAGCCAGAGAUGCGCUGAACCACAUCAAGAGCGUCAUAUCGGUGACGGUCACUCAUUACAGUAUGAAUUUGUAUAACAAGCAAAAUGGCAGCAUCCCCAGUGCCCACGUUUUGACGGAAGAUCUUUGUAUCGUCCUGAACGCCCUGCAGGUUAUCUUAAACCUGAACGUGACGGGCUUGACGGCCAACUUUUUGAGGCGCCGGGGAGGGGGCGCGCCAGGCAAAGGGGCGCCAAGCAAUGGGGCGCCGAAGGAGGAAGCCGAAGCAGAAACAGAGAAGAUGCAAACGGAAAGGGAAACAGAAACGGGGCGGGAGAUGGAGACGAAGGGCGAACCCCUCCCCGGAGACGCCGCUUCAAACCUGGCCGGGGAAAAGAGAGGUAGUGCCCACCUAGACGCGGACUACAUCUCCCUCUCGGGCAUCCUAACCUUCCAACACCACAAAACGCUGCCAGACGAAAUGAACGUGCACGGAAACUACCUCCUAAUGAAUAACCGAAAUGAGGAGUUUUUAACAAAAAUUAAUUUCGUUGGGGUUCACGGAUCGCUGUGCUUAAAAAAAACGCUCUCCAAUUGGUCGGUCCAAGUUUUUAACCUGAACGGUGAGAAGGUGUAUGAGAAGUCGGGCCGCAUCUCAGCUAGCCAAAAUUCAAAUGACGUAUUCAUUACGCAGUAUUUGAUAAAAACAGAUGGGAAGGAAAACCAAGUGAAGCAUUUCAAUGAGUACGAUUUGAAGGGUUCCUGCAAGGGUUCCGAUGAGUCCAUCGACUCGGACAUUGACAUUUUGGAAUUUUCUUCCGACGAGGAAUGGGGAACCCACCCAAAGGGGUUUCCCCAAGUGGGGCCCUCUUCCGAUAUCAUCUCCAGUGCCAUAACCGACGUGGUGAAGAAGGAAUGUUGCGAGGAGGUUGAGUCUACGAAAGAGCACUAUGCAGCAAUGGCCCCGAGCAGCAACCACGGGGAGCUAUUGCUUGAUAAAAAUUUGGACGCUCUGAAGGGCUUGCCUGGAAGGAGGUUCCAUUCCUCUGGCAAGGACGUGUACGAAAAUGUUAACUUGGACGAGUGCCUCGUCGACGUGACGGUUAAUAACAACUGCUUUUACUCGCGGAUCGUCGAGGGGAUACAGAUGUCCCACAAGAAGGGCGGCGCGAUGGUUCACUUUAAGUACAAGGCGGGUUGAGGGAGAUCACGGUGAUUUGCAGGAUUGCGGUGAUUUGCAGGAUUGCGGUGAUUUGCAGGAUUGCGGUGAUUUGCAGGAUUGCGGUGAUUUGCAGGAUUUGCAGAUUUGCGGAUUUGCGGCUUGAGUGUGGAUCUACCGCGUGCCCCCGCCGCGUCUCUGGCGCAGCGUGUGGCCAAAAAAUGGGAGGCUCUUAACGUUUACGGGAGAAAACAAAAACAGAAAGGAAAACUAGCCGCAGUUGGCAAAAAAGGGGGAAGAAAAAGUGGAAGAAAAAAUUCCCAAAUAGUAACGCCAAAUGUUAGACAGAAAGGGGUAACGCAGCGAAGGACCCUUUCCUUACG